AUGGAACACACUCCUCAACCGCGGGCUAGACCCGAGUCCAUUGCCGCUCGCAACUUUUCAGAUGAUCUGGACUCGUUGUUCGGUCUGAACUCCGGUACCACCCUAGGAAACCUUUCAUUCACUGUCGCAGAAAAGAAGCGCACAGUAUCGACCCGAGAAGAAGAACUAGCCGCAAUAGAAGCCCGUCUUCGCGAGACAGAAGAACGCUUAGCACAAGCUGCUCACAGCCCCGAUCACGAAAUUACAUCCCAUCAAGCUACCUCUGGAGCUCAACCAUCCUACACGUCAAGAGAAGAAGCGCCCAGACAGGCUUCAGGCCAUCAGACAUAUCCUGAGCAACAAUAUCAAUCGAGGCCACCAAACAAUAGAGAAGAAUCCUUCCACCCUCACAUUCCAGGCGCCAUGCCACAGACACCCACACCACGCUACGGUCAGGAGAAUGACUACGUGACGGUUGACCGCACCCGAUCGUUACAGCCAUGCAGCAAGCUGGAGUAUUGA